AUGGCAUACAAGCAGACCUUGUCCCUUGAUAUCCUGCACGAGAUCAUUCAAUACUACUUCGCCGAUACCCCCUCUCGCCACACGUCGUCUCUCGCCGACGACGCGACGCGCCUCAAGCUGGUCUGCAAGGACUGGAAUAGGAUCGUCUCUAAGAUACUCCAGAAUCCAACCAAGACAGUCCCUCCGAUCUCCAAGCUUCCGGUUGAGCUUCACCACAAGAUUUUCUCUUACGUCUUGGCUCACAACCCCAACGACCAGUGGGUAGCAGACCGCGAGUGUACCGAGCUCAUGUUGGUCUGUCGUAGCUGGCGCGACAUCAUUAUGGAUUGGAGCGCACGUUGGUGCAACGUCCAGCUGAAGAACCCCAAUGCAGUGGCCCACGCCCUGAAUCGCACCCGGGCAACCGAGCGUAGCGGAGGACUUCCGGUGCCACUGGACAUCACGGGAAAUUUGUAUCGCGGCGUAGCUGGAUAUAUGAGGAUGGUGAGGCAUAUCAGAAAGCACAUGGACCACAUACGGCGAGUCGACAUAAAGGUUUCCAGGAAAGCACUGCGCCAGUGGGUUGUGGCGAACCCGGUGAACCCUGACUUCCCGGCGCCAAUCCUUGAGGAGCUCCAGCUGAAGAAGUAUCUUCCGGUCACAGAGGCUGAGGGACCUCACGGUGCAUAA